AUGACAGUGCUAUUAACCGAUUAUUCAAUUCAAACAUGGAUUAGUGCAUUAGUUGGUGCUGCUGCUGUUGGUCUUGUUGGUAUUAUACCCUUAUUUAUUGUUCCAAAUGAACAAAGCAAAACCAAUAAACCAUAUUUGGAAAUAUUAUUAAGUGUAGCUGUUGGUAGUCAAUUGGCUGAUGUUUUUUUACAUUUAUUACCAGAAGCAUUUGCACAUCCACAUGCAUCAUCACUAUAUAUUGGUCUUUGGACACUUAUUGGACUUUUUCUUUUUUUUAUUAUUGAACAAAUAUUUCCUGAUGAUCAUAGUGAAGAUUCCGAUUCAAAAAUUAAAACAACUGGUUAUUUAAAUUUAUUGGCAAAUUUUAUUGAUAAUUUAACACAUGGUGCAGCUAUUGGUGGUAGUUUUGCUAUUAGUCCAUUAGUUGGUAUAACAACAUUAGCUGGAAUUAUAAUUCAUGAAAUUCCUCAUGAAAUGGGAGAUUUUGCAAUACUUUUAAAAUCAGGUUUUGAUCGAUGGCAAGCUACCAAAGCACAAAUAAUUACUGGUUUAGGAGGAGUACUUGGUGCUUCUAUUGCACUUUUGUAUUCAAAUUCUGUUCAUAGUACUCUAUGGGUUUUACCAUUUACUAGUGGCGCUUUCCUUUAUGUUGCAUUAGUUAAAACAGUACCUGAUUUAUUAAAAGAAAAUGAUUUAGCGCAUUCACUUCGACAACUAAUUGGUGUACUUGGAGGUCUUUUUAUUAUGUAUUUCAUAGUAAUUUAUAUUGGAUAA